UCCUCUUCUCUUUGCUCUUUGGUUGAUGUGUUUUUUCCGUCUCUGUUUUGUUUAUGCGGGGAUCACUGGCUCCGUUAGGUAGAUUGACAGCUCCACUACACCGUAAAGACAGCUGCUUAUGAUAUCCUGAUUGGACUGCCCAACCUGUGCAAACUGAGUCUAAACAGAACCCGCACCGGUCAGUUGUACGUGGUUGCUGUUGAUACGGUUUGUUAGUUUAGCAGAAGCUAACGCACUCUGCGACUAUGACAUGACAAGAAGACAAGCGCAGUUUAACGGCAUACGGCUACACACCCUCCGGACUGUAAAGGUUGUUUUCUGAAAGAAGAAGCUCUAUGUUUCUAACGCAUAAGAAAGGGUAAAUUAUAGACAUCUGCCUGCAAACUUGGAUUAGCUUGGUGCUAAGUUCUUGCUAGCAUGGCGUCUGAUACAAGUGACACUGAAGAGUUCUACGAUGCUCCAGAGGACGUGAAUUUUACCCCGUCUCCAAAAGUGUCACCUGCAAAGUUUGUACUUCCCUCACCCAAGCUUGUACAGAGAUCUCCUAACACUGUAGAUGAGGAUAGCAGCAAAUCUACUCCGGCAGCUGCAAUUCAACAAGAUGACUCUCUUCAGAUCAUUGACAGUAUUAUAGAAGAGAGUCAAAAGGGAAGUGUUGGUGAGGUGGCUCAGCUGCUAGAUAAGCUCAGUGUUGAUGUAAGAGUGGAGCCAGAGCAAGAUGACGCGAGUGAAGCUCAGGAAGUUCCUGUGGAGAAAGUGGAGGCAUCAGGGAAUCCUCCACCUGUGGGGAGAGAGGAGGAACCAGCACAAGGUGCAGAGACAAACGGAGCAUGCUCAGACGCUGCACCUGAACCCAUGGACAUCCCAGAGUCUGCAGGAGCCUCACAGGAGUGUGUUCAGCCCCCAGAUAUUACCAGCACUUUAGGACAGCCUGAUGGGACACGCACAGGUCCAGAGUUGGAGCCCAGACCUGCAGACCUCUUAGACCAGGUGCCACUCUCAGACAAUCCUGCAGACUCUGAUCCAUCUGGGCCUUCUAAACCUCCACGACAGUUCACAGUGGAGCCGGACAUUGUAGCUAGCACCAAGAAGCCUCCUCCCUCACGUCCUCCGCCUCCCAGUGGAGGUCCACCCCCUCGGCCGCCUCCGCCAUCCAGACAAACUCUGCCUUCGAAAAAGUCUCAGGAAUCUCUAAGGCCAAGUGGACUUGAGGUGUCUGCAGUGAGCCCUCUCAGUCCUGAAGUCCCAGAGCCCUCUGGCCUGUUGUCUCCCAGCAGCACAGUGAGGAGUCUGACGAAAGACCUGCAGCAUUCUCUAGAUUUAGCCAGUGCCACAAGUGGGGACAAGGUGGUCACGGCACAGGAAAAUGAGGAUGAACAGCCUUGCUCUCAAAGUGGAAGUCCAUCCCAAGGCCCUCAGCGUCCACGAUCAAACUCUGGAAGAGAACUGACUGAUGAGGAAAUUCUGGCCAGUGUGAUGAUCAAGAAUCUGGAUACUGGAGAAGAGAUCCCUUUAAUCCAGGCAGAAGAGAAACUACCAGCUGGAAUCAACCCACUCACUCUGCACAUCAUGAGGAGGACCAAGGAGUACAUCACAAAUGAUGCUGCACAGUCAGAUGAUGAUGACAAACCAUCUGCUCCAAUGACAGACACGGAUGGAGGGAAACUGAAACAGAAAACGACUCAGUUAAAGAAAUUCCUGGGCAAGUCUGUGAAGAAAGCCAAACAUCUUGCAGAAGAAUAUGGAGAGAAGGCAGUGAACAAAGUUAAAAGUGUGCGUGAUGAAGUGUUUCACACAGACCAGGAUGAUCCGUCCUCCAGUGAUGAUGAGGGAAUGCCAUAUACCCGACCUGCUAAAUUUAAGGCUGCACACAGCUUAAAGGGACCCUUUGACUUUGAUCAGAUUAAAGUUGUGCAGGAUCUCAGUGGAGAACACAUGGGUGCUGUUUGGACCAUGAAGUUUUCUCACUGUGGGAGGCUGCUUGCAACUGCAGGGCAGGAUAAUGUAGUUCGUAUUUGGGUGCUAAAAACAGCGUUUGACUAUUUUAAUAACAUGAGAAUAAAGUACAACACUGAAGGUCGUGUUUCGCCCUCUCCGUCUCAGGAAAGUCUAUGCUCUUCUAAAUCAGACACAGAUCAAACUGCAAGCUGUGUCCCAGAAGACUUAGAAACCGAUGACAGGAGUGCUCCUUUCCGCCAGGUUCCCUUUUGCAAGUACAAAGGUCACACAGCUGAUCUAUUAGACCUGUCCUGGUCAAAGAACUUUUUCUUACUUUCUUCAUCCAUGGAUAAAACAGUAAGAUUAUGGCACAUAUCAAGGAGAGAGUGUUUGUGCUGUUUCCAACACAUAGAUUUUGUUACAGCCAUAGCUUUCCAUCCAAGAGAUGACAGAUAUUUCCUUAGUGGUUCUCUUGAUGGAAAGCUACGACUCUGGAACAUUCCUGAUAAAAAGGUGGCAUUGUGGAACGAGGUGGAUGGUCAAACUCGCCUCAUCACUGCUGCCAACUUCUGUCAAAACGGAAAGUAUGCAGUGAUUGGCACUUACGAUGGGCGAUGCAUUUUCUAUGACACAGAGCGCUUAAAGUACCACACCCAAAUUCACGUGAGGUCGACAAGAGGUAGAAAUAAAGUGGGACGCAAAAUCACAGGAAUUGAACCUUUACCAGGAGAGAAUAAGAUUUUGGUUACCUCCAAUGAUUCCCGCAUACGCCUUUACGACUUGAGGGAUUUGUCUUUAUCCAUGAAAUAUAAAGGUUAUGUCAAUAGCAGCAGUCAGAUCAAAGCCAGUUUUAGCCACGACUACUCAUUCAUUGUGAGUGGCUCAGAGGAUAAAUACAUCUACAUAUGGAGCACUUACCACGACCUGAGCAAAUUCACCUCUGUACGUCGUGACCGCAAUGACUUCUGGGAAGGAAUCAAAGCACACAAUGCAGUGGUCACCUCAGCUAUUUUCGCACCACACCCGGGGCUUAUUGUCCCUCAGGAGAGCGCUGCAGAGAAACCUGAAGCUGAGUGCAAAAGUCUAGACUCUACAGACUCUGAGACCAUACCCUCAGGUGCACUCAAAACAGAUCACACUGAGGUUUUGCUUUCAGCAGACUUCACUGGAGCCAUAAAGGUUUUCAUCAAUGUCAAAAAGUACUGAGCACAGUACAACCUGAACUCUGCUACUCAACGGUUGGCUCUCAAAAAGAGCAGAUCGUGAAACAACAGGGGAAAUAAUCCCUUGCCACAUUUUCCCAGGUUUCAAUUCCUUUGAACUGUGAACUGUUCUGACAUUUUGAACAGUGUUGUCGGAUCUAAAUGUUUAGACAUGGUUGUAAGUGUAUGAUUGUGACUAAACAAGUGUGAAGACUAAUUGAAUGGGCACCUUACUAUUUUCCCUCUUUUCAAAAGAUAUAUAUUUCAAAUCUACUUGUUUUGUGUUUAAAUGAUGUGAGGUGGUGGUGAUUUGGAAAAAAAAGUACCUGUUAAAUGUGCCUACAAAAUCCAGUUUUUAAAUUCUGUCCUAACAUUAUCAAACUAAAGAAACCAAUAGUGUAUGAAAUAUGAGCAAUUCAUCAUAAAUACUGUAGUUUCUGUAUCUGAAUUACUUUUGAUACAAACCUUCAAAAGCACAUUUCCUGAUUAAAGAACUGUACUUGUGUAAUGUUGCAUACUCACUGCUUUUGUAAAACAAAUGCUUUAUCAGUUUCCUCAAUAAAAGUUCUCACCAACGGGA